CCACUUAGAUCUCGUGGUCCUCUCUCUGUCUCUCGUGUUUCAUGAUUUCUUUCAUGUUUCAACUUGGAAGAGCUUCAGCGAGGAGAAAAAACGAAGAUUUUGGAAGAUAAUGCAAGGUUCUACCGAUGAAACAGAGGAAGCAGACGAAGAACUAAAGCUGUUUCUUCUCUUUAAUAAAUUAGUUCAAUGGCGGAUUCUAAGCGUAACCCAGAAAUUUCACUCCUCCUACUACUACUUCUAGCUACUCUUUUGGCAAUAACAGCAGCAGGAGUAGUGGCAGAGUUGAAGAAGCAACAAAACUCGGACGACGAGCCUUUUGUGGGGUUAAACAUCGGUACCGACGUCUCUAAUAUCUUAUCUCCGGCGGACCUCGUUUCGUUUCUUCAAUUGGAGAAAAUCACCCAUGUCCGCCUCUACGACGCCGACACCGAUAUCCUUCGAGCCCUCGCUCGCACCAAGAUCCGCGUUAUUGUUGGUGUACCCAAUAACCAGUUGCUUGCCAUCGGCUCAUCCAACACCACCGCCGCCGCCUGGAUCAAUCGCAAUGUCGUGGCAUUUUACCCGGAAACUUUAAUCACCGGCGUUACAGUCGGCGAUGAGGUUUUAACCACCAUCCCAUCCUCUGCUCCCCUUCUUGUCCCGGCGAUUCAGUCCCUCUACAGUGCCCUAGUGGCUUCCAAUCUCCAAAACAAGAUCAAAAUUUCGACUACCCAUGCCGCAUCUAUUAUACUCGACCCAUUUCCCCCAUCUCAGGCCUUCUUUAACCAAUCCCUCACAUCGGUGAUGCUACCCCUGCUUCAAUUCCUGUCGACAACCGGUUCUCCUCUCAUGAUGAAUCUGUAUCCGUACUACGUGUUUAUGGAGAACAAAGGGGUGGUGCCCCUGGACAGUACCCUGUUCAAGCCCUUGACGCCGUCCAAGGAGAUGGUCGACCCUAAUACCCUGCUUCACUAUACCAAUGUGCUGGACGCCAUGAUCGACGGGGCGUACUUCUCCAUGAAGAACCUGAACAUCACGAAUGUGGAGGUUCUGGUGACGGAGACUGGGUGGCCGUCGAAGGGGGAUUCCAAGGAACCUUACGCUACCAUCGACAACGCAGACACCUAUAAUUCGAAUCUGAUAAAGCAUGUGUUCGACCGCGGUGGAACGCCUCUGCAUCCGGAAGUAACCUCGAGCAUGUACCUAUACGAGCUGUUCAACGAGGACCUGAGAGCGCCACCGGUGUCGGAGGCGAAUUGGGGGUUGUUCUACGGUAACGGGUCGGCUGUGUAUGUGCUUCAUGUUUCGGGGAGUGGGACUUUCUUGGCGAACGAUACGACGAACCAGACAUACUGUGUGGUGAUGGAUAAUGUGGAUGCGAAGACAUUGCAGGCGGCUCUGGAUUGGGCGUGUGGUCCUGGGAGGGCUAAUUGCUCCGAGAUACAGCCUGGGGAGGCCUGUUAUGACCCCAACAAUGUGAAGAACCACGCUUCCUAUGCCUUCGAUAGCUACUACCAGAAUCAGGGGAAGGCUUCAGGGUCUUGCGAUUUCAAGGGCGUUGCUAUGAUCACCACCACUGACCCAAGUCAUGGGAGCUGUAUUUUUCCUGGAAGUAAGAAGGUAAGCAACAAGACAAAAGCUGUAAGCAGUGGGAACACCACGGACACAAGUGGUGCAGAGAUGUUAAGAUGGUCUUUCAUCAAAAGGGGUGAGAGCUUAUCAACUUCUCUGUUGGGUUUAUUGGUUCCCUUGUUAUUUAUCAUCUUCUUCAUCUACGACGGCACCACCACAACUACCAUAAUCAUGGGGUGAGGCAAUUACGCGAAAGCAAAGGGAAAAAGCUUUCCUUCUUUACAAGAGUGAUUGAUGAUGAAGAAGAAGAUUGUUUAAGUGUGGAUGCACAGUGCUCACCAUUGAUGUUCCAUGGGUCCCCUCCUGAAAGGCACAUACUUAAAGAGUGUUUUAAAUACAGGAACUGAGUGCACAAGGAAAGGGGUGACAAGGAGAAAAGAAAAGAAUGUAAUUGUUUGGUUCCUUUUUGGGUCCUUUUUUUGUUUUUGUUUAGUGAAAGAUGUGGUGUAUCUACCUGUAAUAAAAGAAUAGUUGAUUUUUUCAAUUAUUUCAACAA